AUGCAACCCCCUGAACGCCUCUUCCUCUUUCUUCCCCUCCUCCUCCCUGGGAUGUGGGCAGACCAAGAGGAGCCACAAGUUCUCCAGUUUCUCCAGACCAGCUUCUUCACCAACAUCAGCUCUGCUGACGUGUACAUGGUGGCUCUCCUGGGGGACGUGCCCAUCCUUACACUGGAUCCUGACAACUGGAGCACGCACUUCCACCGGCCCUGGGCUCUCCAGGCUACAGCUGAGGGUGACAUGGAGAAGAUCAGGGGCCAGGUGAAACCCUUUCUGCGCAAUAUGGUCCGAUACAUACACAAUAUGAUCCAGCAGGCACAAUGGGACUAUCCACUGGUGGUCCAGAUCCGUGCAGGCUGUGUGCUGCAACCCAACAGGACAAGCUUGGGCUUCAUGGAUGUCGGGGAGAGUGGCAGAGACUUAAUAACUUUCGAGGUGGAGAGGCAGCGCUGGGAGCCACAGGAACCAUCCCUGCUAGCAGAGCUAUCCAGCCAGUCCCUCACCAGCAUGAAGGCCAUCACAGGGGUCCUGGUGCACCUCCUCUCCAUCUCCUGCCCGAGCUACAUCCUCAGCCUGUGCAGGUAUGGGAGGGCUGACCUGGAGAGACAAGAGCUGCCCGUGGCCACAGUCUUUGCCCGCACGCCCAGACCAGACCAGCUCCUGCUCAUUUGCCGUGUCACUGGCUUCUACCCACGGCCCAUCAGCGUGGCUUGGCUGCAGGAUGGCCAAGAGGUGCCACCAGGCCCGGCGCUCAACACCAGUGCCAUCCUGCCCAACGCAGACCUCACCUACCAGCUCCGCAUCACCCUGGCCGUGGCUCCCCAUGACGGGCACAGCUAUGCCUGCCACGUGCGCCACCGCAGCCUGGGCACCGGCAGUCUCCUCAUCCCGUGGGAAAACCGCAGCUCAGCUCCAACCAUCGGCAUCAUCAUCGCAGUGCUGCUCCUUGUGGCCACAGCCUCUGCUGCGUGGGUUUGGCAGUGGAAGCACAGGAAAGGUGAUAAGGCCACACAGGAGACCCAGGAAUUCAUCAUUUGAGGCCUAGCUGUCUGCCCAGCAACAAGCUCCCUUGCCACCAGCUUUCCUCCCUGCUCAUCAGCACUGACAAGGUGUUUACUCUGGAAAACCACUGCAUUAAACAGUUACAAAAU